AUGUUUGAAGCCGAUCUGGACAACCUCUGCGACGAGAUCGCCGGUCUUGCCGACGUCCUCGCCUAUCUAGUGUGGUUUGAUGUUACAGGGGCCCUCGUCAGAGAAAGUCCAUUAAUUUUCGAAGACUGGCAUCGUGAGACCUUAUCUGCCGGAUUCUUCGACUCAGUCGGAUGUCCACCAGAUACGUUCGAUUUAUUGGUUUAUCUUGCGAAACACCGCGAUGGCGAUGGAAUCCGCACUAUGGACCUCAGUUCUCGAGCAAUGGCCCAAAUUCUACAGCUUAACGCGGGUGACUCAACGGACCGCAAUCUCGCUGCGACCGUGUAUAGAGGGGCUGCGGCAAUCAUCGCGUUCAGUCGUGCUGGAAUGACUACGGGUGGCGAUCCUUCCGCAUCGACAUAUCAUUCAACCGUAAUCUCCUCUAUGGUAGAUCGGGCUUGCCAGGCUAUCGCGGAUAUCCCUUCUACAUCGAGGUUCUACGUGCAUCUGGCUACCCCCGCAUACCUGACAGGGAUGAGUGCUUCGACAACACGACAGUGCGAGGUAAUUCGAAACUACUGGCGGAACUGCCAGUCGUGUGAGUUCCCUCGUUAUCCGGAUGCCGAGGCGCAAUCCUUCCUUAUCGGGAAUUCCCCGAUGGCUACGUCGUACCAAGACCGUUGCGCUCAAAAGCGCGCUGACCAGCUCUCCCUCAUCCUCCCCGAAUGGCGCCUGGAUCCCGUCCCCUCCAUAGAAUCCGCCCCAGACGCUCUGAAAUAUCUCCGUCGCAUUCUCAGUCCAGAGGAACUGGCUCUCACAGAAGAGACCGAUAUUGCCGUCCUUCUCCGCAAGCUUUCAUCCGGAGAACUCUCAUCUCUAAAGCUGACUCAAGUCUUCGCUAAACGCGCCGCCCUCGCCCACCAACUCACAACAUGCUGCACAGAAAUAUUCUUCGAGGAGGCCUUCGCUGUCGCCCAGGAACUAGACGACUACCUCGCUAAGACGGGCAAGACUAUCGGUCCUCUACACGGGUUACCAGUAUCCAUCAAAGAUUUAUUCUCCGUUCAAGGAGUAGACACAUCAAUCGGCUGGGUCGGCCUCACCAACAAUCCAGCAAAAGCAGACAAAUCCGUAGCGCGCACACUCCGCCGUCUCGGCGCCGUCCUCUACGUGAAAACCAAUCUGCCCCAAUCAAUGAUGAUGUCUGAUUCUUAUAACCACGUCUUCGGUCAAUGCGUCAACCCCUUCAACCGCGAGCUGAUUUCUGGUGGGAGUUCCGGCGGCGAGGGAUCACUUAUUGCUGCGCGUGGAAGCGUGCUUGGUAUUGGUACCGACUUGGGUGGUUCGAUUCGUAUUCCUGCUGCGCUGUGUGGGCUUUAUGGUCUCUCGCCUAGUCCCGGAAGACAUCCGUAUGAGAGGGGAAACCCCGGACAGGAUAUUGUGAGAUCCGUUGCUGGGCCUAUGGCUUGUACUCUUGCGACUAUUGAAAGGUAUAUGGAGGUUUUGCCAGAAGCGAAGCCGUGGGAGGUUGAUCAACAUGUCGCGCCUGUAGCGUGGAGGAAGGAGUUGGCUUCCCCUGGUGCGAAGAGACUGAGGAUUGGAUUUUUGGUUGAUGAUGGUGUUGUCAAGGUUCAGCCGCCGAUUGCGAGGGCUAUACGUGAGGUUGUUGAGGCGCUGAAAGCGGUGGGACAUGAGGUGUUUGAGUGGGAUGCGUCCUCGCAUCUUUAUGCGUACGAGCUCUGGGCAAAGGCUAUAUUCUCUGACGGCGGCGAGGGCUGUCGAAGACAAAUUGAAAAGACCGGCGAGCCGCUUGUUGAGGGUAUGCUCGUUGGUAAACCCGAGGAUACUUUGACCACCAGUCAGACGCAUCAACUUAAUGCGGACAAAUACAAUUUCGAAUCGGCAUAUCUCGAUAGAUGGAUAUCCUCCGAUCUCGACGCAUUAAUCAUGCCCAAUACUUCAUGGGUGGGAUACAAACCGUGGACAUGGGUAAAGUCCAGUGCGUAUGUGGGUUAUACGAGUAUCUGGAAUUUGCUUGGAUAUGCUGCGUUGGCAGUGCCGGUGACUACUGCUUCAAGGACAAAAGAUGUUCCGGAUGAAGAAUGGCUGGCCCAUGAUCCGAGGAAUGAUAGUGAUAGGUUUAAUAAGCAGCAGUAUGAUAUCAACCUGGUUGAGGGUAUGCCUGUUGGCAUACAGGUUGUUGGCGGCCGAUUUGGUGAAGAGAAGUGUGUUGCUGUGGCUAAGGCGAUUGAGCAAGCUAUGCAAAGGAAGAUUACCUCACGAGCAAGUCUUUGA